AUGUCCUCUCACCGGCAGAGAGAAAUCAUCCGCUGUCACGCGUGCGACUAUGAGUGGCCUCGUGAAAACAACCCGGAACUAGUCUGCCCGCUAUGUAAUAGCACUUUCUGUGAGAUUUUCCCUGCGUCCAGCGAUACGCCCCCCGAUGUAGGCCAGCAGCACUUUUCUUCAAGCAGCAGUAGCGGCCCUGGUGGCUAUCGCAGCACAACCGUUUCCGAUCCCGACCCGGAUGAUAUGGAUAUGGACGACUUUCCGGACCCGUUGCGGCGCCGCCCUUCUCUAUCUCCAUGGGAGAUGCUCUUCCCUGGGCUGUUUCAGGAUGCACGUCAGAGGAUGGCUGAGAACGAGGCCCGUGCCAGAGUAGCCGAGAGUGAGGCUAUCUUGCGCCGUUUUGCAGAUAUGCUGAUGAACGACCUGGGCGCCGCUCGAGUCUUGCAGUCUGGCUCGCCGUUUGGUGGUCCUGGUCCCAGUUUGUUUGGAAGCCCGGAGCCAGAGCCGCUCGGCGGCGCAAGAAUAGAGCAGACUACCUACCAUACUGGCCCAUUCGGUACGGCGACGAGGACGACCUUCAGCUUCAGCACCGGUGGCCCCUCUCUUCGCGAUGAGCCGCCGCAGAUGCCGACCAACUUCUUUGACACUAACCAGUACGUCUCCUCCUCCUACUCCUCCUCCUCCUCGCCCUCCGCACCAUCCACACCUGCUUCUUAUUUCUCCGCGUCGUCUUCAUCCCGACUAGCUUCGGAACCGGACCCUGAUAUCCCUCCUCCUCGUCAUCCCCAACGACUACUGUUUCCUCGAAUACGCAUCAUUGCUGUUAGGGCCGGAGACGGAUCGACUAACCCUCCUGUUCACUCUAGGUUACUCAACAUACUCCUAGGCAACCCCAUCCUGGCAGCUGCCGCGGACGACGCCGGCCACGGCGGCGGUCGUCACUCCCGCGGCAGUCCAUCCCCAGGCUCCGGCUUCACUUUUAGUUUUGGCAUCCCUCCCCAGCAUAAUCAGCAGCAGCACCCGGAUCCCCUCCUUGGACCCUUCCAGACCUUCUUCCAGUCCCUAUUCAACCCGGCCGAGGCGGUGCAUGGCGACGCAGUCUUCACCCAGGAAGCGCUCGACCGCAUCAUCUCCCAGCUGAUGGAAAUGUCCCCACAAACCAACGCUGCGCCCCCCGCGUCUGAGGCAGCAAUUAAUCGGCUGCAAAAGAAGAAGGUCGAUGAUGAGAUGCUUGGCCCUGAGGGUAAAGCCGAGUGCACGAUCUGUAUGGAUGACCUUAAGAAGGGCGAUGAAGUGACCGUGCUCCCCUGCAAGCAUUGGUACCAUGGGGAGUGUGUCACCAUGUGGCUACGCGAACAUAAUACCUGCCCGAUAUGUCGCAUGCCGAUUGAGUCGGAUAAUCUCAAUCCAAAUAAUUAUAAUAACCCGUCGCCAGAGCAGUUACGGAGGACACAGCAACAGAGUCAGAGUGGAAGUCAGCAUACCAGGUCGACUUCGUCGAGUAAUACUCUCAGCCCGAAUGAUAAUAACAGUAGCAGCAGUCGUCGACGUGCUCGCUCGCCUAGAUCGCCGAGGGAGAAUGCUGAGCGGCUGGCGGCCAUUCGUAGAUUGGCUGACCCUAGUAGUGAUCAUUCUUCUUCAUCAGGGAGUAGGAGGGCUGAUUCCCCUCCUCCUUCCUCGGGGAGUUAUUUGAACCCUGGCAGUGGUGGGAAUGAUGCUUCGAGGCCGAGGAGCAGUGGUGCGGCGGGGGCGUGGGGAUGGGGGGGUACUAAUUGGGGGUUUGGGGAGUUGGAGAGAGAGAGGGAACGUGAACGUGAACGGGAACGGGAGAGGGAGAGGGAGCAGAGAGAUAAUAACAAUAGUGGAGGUAGUGGGGGGAUGACGGGAUGGUUGAGAGAUCAUUUUAGGUAUGGGAGGGGUUGA